CCCAACCGGGCGGUGCAAAAAGACUGGCAGGGAACCACACACACAAAAAGCAAGAACGCAGACCAAAUCAAGAAGUAGAAGCUUAAUUGGGUGUAAAAAUGGCGAUGUCGCAAGGAACAAAGAAGAAAGUUUGUUAUUACUACGAUGGUGACGUGGGAAAUUAUUAUUACGGUCAAGGCCACCCCAUGAAGCCCCACAGGAUCCGCAUGACACACAACCUGCUCCUGAACUAUGGACUGUAUAGGAAGAUGGAGAUCUAUAGGCCACACAAAGCCAGCGGCGAGGAGAUGACCAAGUACCACAGCGACGACUACAUCAAGUUCCUCAGGUCCAUCAGACCGGACAACAUGUCAGAAUACAGCAAGCAGAUGCAAAGAUUCAACGUGGGAGAGGACUGUCCGGUGUUUGACGGCCUGUUUGAGUUCUGCCAGCUCUCCACAGGCGGCUCCGUGGCGGGGGCAGUGAAGCUGAACAAGCAGCAGACAGACAUUGCAGUCAACUGGGCGGGAGGACUCCACCACGCCAAGAAGUCGGAGGCGUCCGGUUUCUGCUACGUCAACGACAUCGUCCUCGCCAUCCUCGAGCUGCUCAAGUACCACCAGCGCGUGCUGUACAUCGAUAUCGACAUCCAUCACGGCGACGGCGUGGAGGAGGCUUUCUACACCACCGACCGUGUCAUGACCGUCUCCUUCCACAAAUAUGGCGAGUACUUCCCCGGCACCGGUGACCUUAGGGACAUCGGCGCCGGGAAGGGAAAGUACUACGCCGUGAACUAUCCGCUGAGAGACGGCAUCGACGACGAGUCUUAUGAGGCCAUCUUCAAACCUAUCAUGGCUAAAGUGAUGGAGAUGUACCAGCCAAGUGCAGUGGUCCUGCAAUGUGGCGCUGACUCCCUGUCAGGAGACAGACUUGGCUGCUUCAACCUCACCAUUAAAGGUCACGCCAAGUGCGUGGAUUACAUGAAGAGCUUCAACCUGCCUCUUCUAAUGUUGGGCGGGGGCGGCUACACCAUCCGCAACGUGGCGCGCUGCUGGACCUACGAGACGGCGGUGGCUCUGGACUGCUCCAUCCCCAACGAGCUUCCCUACAAUGACUACUUUGAAUACUUCGGCCCCGACUUCAAGCUGCACAUAAGCCCGUCCAAUAUGACUAACCAGAACACGGACGAGUACCUGGAGAAGAUCAAGCAGCGCCUCUUCGAGAACCUGCGCAUGCUGCCGCACGCGCCCGGCGUCCAGAUGCAGGCCAUACCGGAGGACGCGCCGCACCCUGACAGCGCGGAUGAGGAUGAUGAGGAGCCUGACAAACGCAUUUCCAUCCGGGCACACGACAAGAGGAUAGCGUGCGAUGAGGAAUUCUCAGACUCGGAGGAUGAGGCCGAGGGACAGGGUGGCGGCCGGCGGAAUGCGACCAAUCAUAAAAAGCCCAAGCGGGUGAAGAAGGAGGAGGAGCGCGAUGGGGAGGAGAAGAAAGAUGUGAAGGAGGAUGAAAAGGAGGAUGAGAAGAUGGAUACUUCAGUUGCAAAAGAAGAAGUGAAAACUACAACUUGAAGUGCAUUUCCUGCUGUUUUAGAGCUCAUGGGAGCUCGUACCCAGUUCCGAGUGUUAAGCUCCACCCGCCCCGGCACAUAUACACCAAAACAAACGUCAUAUUGUUUCCUUGUGCUCCAUCCGAGACGAAGAAAUCCAUCCAUACGCAAAUGACCCUCAUCAGUAUAUAUAUUUUUUUAAAUACAUUCGGCUUCUAUUUGUAAUGAAACUGAAUGUAUGUAAUUAUCUUCCUUGCCGUACUUCCACACAUAAGUUAUUUUGACAGCAUCCUGUAUUGUUUUUUGUUGUGCUUAAGUCUGGAGAACAUUUUAAUAAGCAAAACACCUUUCUCUGUUGUUGUGUACAAAGGUGGUGUGAUAUUGUUUCCAGAUUGAGUUUUUGACUUUGUAAUAAAAAAAGAAAGAAACA